ACAUCACUUUAUCAUGGAGAUGAUGAUUUCUGGGGCUGUUUCGUGUAUCUUUUAUCAUCUUUCACGUUUCUCGUAAAAUUUUCACCGGUGAUGAAUAACAACAACGAUAACGUUACGAUUGUUGUUCCUUCGCCGCCGAUCGCAGUGACACGACGCCGACAGUAUCGUCGUGAAAGUCGCCUGGUGUCCGAGACGAUGUCGUGCCCAGUUCGACGGUCGUAGUUGACGGUCUGCCAGGGACGACGUGACAAGUCUAGAGACGACCGUGCGAUAUUGCGAUAGUUGUUAGAUAAGUAGGUGCCAUCCGUCCGUGAUCGAGAGAUCGCCCAGCCGGGAUGUGUCGCGCGUUUUCGUCUUCGAUGUUCGCGUCUUGUCGCGGCCGAUCGUGAUCGACAGCGUAUUCUGUGUGUUUCACAGCUGACCGGCCGAGAUGUGACAGACGCCCGACCGUUAUGAACGCGGCGGCCGACGGUUACGGUUCGUCGUGCAUCAUGUCAAUGAACUUGGACGGCUGUGGCAAGGAGCAGCUCAAGACGCAGUUCGUCACCCGGGAGGGUGUUUAUAAGCUGCUGACUUUGGCCACGUACUCUCGUCCGAAUCGCAUCGGCUACAACGUGCAGACCAACACGUCCGUACGCGUGUCGUUUGUUGGUUACUCGUCGUCGGAUACCAACGGCGACCGCAUGUGCUUUAAUAUUGGACGAGAGCUGUACGUUUUUUACUACAAAGGAACGAAAAAGGGGGCAGAUUUAACUAAACCCAUAGAUAAAAAAUUAUAUAAAGGAAUAAGUCCUACAUGUCAUGACUUUAAUUCAACUGCAAUAACUGAAGACUCACUACCAUUGAUUGUUGGGUUUUCAACAGGAUUGCUACAGCUAAUUGAUCCUGUUCGAAAAGAUGUUAGUGUACUAUUUAAUGAAGAGAAAAUCAUCGAUAAAACGAAAGUUACAUGUGUUAAAUGGGUACCAAAUUCAAAACAUUUAUUUCUUGCAUCACAUGCUAGUGGUCAGUUAUAUUUGUAUAACGAAACAUUUACGUGUGGUACAACAACGCCAAAUUAUCAACAAGUAAAAUCUGGUGAAGGUUAUACAGUUCAUACGUGUAAAACAAAAAGCACGCGAAAUCCAAUGUAUCGAUGGUUAAUUGGUGGCGACUACAACAGCAUUAAUGAAUUUGCAUUUUCUCCAUGUAGUCUUUACUUAGCAGUUGUUUCCCAGGAUGGAUUUCUCAGAGUAUUCCAUUAUGAUAAAAUGGAACUGAUUGGAAUGGCUCGAAGCUAUUUUGGUGGAUUUCUUUGCGUUUGUUGGUCUCCUGAUAGUCGAUAUAUAGUGGUCGGAGGAGAAGAUGAUUUAGUUACAGUUUAUAGUAUUUCUGAAAACAGAGUCAUAGCCCGUGGUCAAGGACACCAUAGUUGGGUUAGUGUGGUGGCAUUUGAUCCAUACACAAGUUCACCGCCUUCUAUUGAACCAUGUUUACCUGGAUACUACAGACUAGGUUCAGUAGGGCAUGACACUCAAAUGUGUUUAUGGGACAUCACUGACGAUAUAUUACAUCAUGUUACAUUAGUAUCACCGCUUCCUGUGACAUCUAAACAAAACGGUGCUAUAAAUAAUGUGAAACAUAAUGCUAAUAAUGUACAAAAACAAACUCAAGACCCCAUGCGAUUGAUUGGUACUACUGCUUGUCCACGUUUUGAUCAAUGUCCACGACUUGAACCAUUAAUAUGUAAAAAAAUUGCUCAUGAUCGAUUGACAGCUCUAAUUUUUCGUGAAGAUUGCUUUGUAGCUGCUUGUCAAAAUGGAUAUGUGUACACUUGGGCUCGUCCUGGAACAAUUACAAGUCUCAAUGCACAUUUGGUUUCUGAUCCAAGCUCUGUCAUGUCAUCAUUAGAUCUACCUUCAUUGAAUACUACAUCUGCAGUGUAAUGAAUAAUUUAGUACAAGUAAUACAAUAUUCGUUUAUUAAAUUGAUGAUAUUAUGUUCUGUGUUAAACGACUACAAAAGUUAGGAAUUAACAAGCAAAAGGUGAUAAAAAAAAAAAUAAAAGAAAGUUAUAGUUCAAAUGAAUAACUUAUUAUUAUCAAACUUUAGAAUA